GAAGAAGAUCAGCGAAUUUUAAAGUAAACGUCGGUCAACUAUUUAUUACGUCAGAUUCAGAUUUAUCAUAUCAGAUUCACAUAUAAAGGUAAUACAUUUUGUGGAAAUAAUAAAUCUAAAAAUAUUGUGAUCGUGCAACGAAUAAAAUAAAGCAUUUAUGUCCCAAAUUAUACAAUUAAAAUCAUUAUAGUACGAAUGAUACUUGAAGAAGUUUUAAAUUAAAUGUUAUCCAUGAUUUAAACUUCCUUGGUUUAUUUAAAAGCAAUUUCAAAUAACGAUAUUUCUCAAUAUGUGCUACGGUAAAGUAUUUAAAAUACCUAAGAAUAAUGAAAAUCCUUGGCCGUCAAAGUUUCGCGAACCUACCUUCCGAGCAUUUUUAUCUUUCAAUAUUUUCCGAGUAUUUUUAUAUUUCAACAAGAGAUAAAGUACUUAGUAAUCAAAAGAAUUUAUUGUCUGAAUAUAAAUUUUAUUUUGCGAAAUAAUAUCAAAAUGUUCAAUAAUGUUGUAUAGCCGUCUUACAUUAUAUCUCAUUAUAUUGAAUUAAACAAAUUGCCCGAAUUACCUUAUACAGAAAAAUGCUUUAAUCGAUAACUGAAAGUUGGAAGGGAUAAGCGGCACUCGUCGUCGCCUUCUUCACUGUCAUACGUACCCCGAACUUCAUGAAGAAAUGGUCUGUUUCGAGGAUCAAUAUUUCAACCUCAACAGAAGUCUUUUACUCGUUAUUGGCUUGUGGCCUUAUGAACAAACAAACCUUGCUCGACUUCGAUUUAUUUUCUUCUGCGUUAACCUGAUGUCACUGAUUAUAUUUCAACUUACAGUAUUUGUGACUUCAAGAUGUACUCCGGAUGUUAUCAUUACAGUGCUUUCUGUUGUGUUUCUUGUCGUUAUUGUUAAGAUGCAAUACAUCUUGUUCAGUGUUAAUAUCAAGAUAAAAUUACUCUUUUGCAAGAUAAAACAAUUAUUGGUACAAUUCCGGAAUAUAUACGGCAAGUUAAAAGAUGAAAAUGAAAUUGCUAUUGCAGAAAAAUAUAAUUAUAAAGCGAGACGUUAUACGGCUACAUUUAUUAUGAUUGCUAUAUGCAGCAUAUUCAUACUUAUCAUUGCUCAAACUUGGAUGGACAUAUGUGAUAUUGUUUUACAAAUUAAUACAUCUCGGUCUCAUAACUUAAUACUAAUGACAGAAUAUUUUGUCGAUCAAGAAAAGUAUUACUAUGUUAUGCUACUACACAUAAAUAUUACAGCUUCUAUAGCAGUAUUUAUAUUAGUAGCAAUAGGAACAAUGUUUAUUACAUUCUUGCAAUAUAUAUAUGGGUUGUUCAAAAUUGCCAGCUACCGCAUGGAACAUUCAUUAGACAUGGAUACAUUAAACAAUAGUAUGAAAGACGUAAAUCUUGUCUCCAAAAAAAUAAUUUGCGCUAUAGUUCUUCAACGUCAAGCGAUGAAUUUGCCGAAAUUUCUGGUAAACAAAUUGGAAUCAAUGAUGUUUUUUUUAAUACUAUUUGGAGUGACUAGUUUAAGUCUCAAUCUGUUCAGAGCUUUUCAGAUUGCAUCGCUUGGAAAUAAUAUUACAGAGAUAAUACCUCAUCUUAUAUAUGCGUUUGCUAUUAUUUCAUAUAUGUUUGUUGCAAACUAUCUCGGACAAAAUCUUACGGAUUAUAGCAAAGAAGUUUUUUUUGCCGCAUACAAUAUUCAAUGGUAUUUAACUCCUAUACCAAUACAGAAAUUGAUACUGUUCCUGUUACAAAGAGGCGUAAUAGAUUUUAAUGUUAAUGUCGGUCGAUUAUUCAUUCCGUCUUUAGAAGGUUUUACUAUGGUAAAGAAAAGUGUAAUAAAAUAUAUUUUAAAUAGUACUUUACAUACCGAGAACAAUAAAGAAUGAUAUUUAUUUCAGCUCGUAAAAGCUUCGGUGUCUUACUUCACUGUUAUACAUUCUACACGGUAACACAAUAAUAAUAAAUCAAAUAAUAUAUUUAUAGUAAUAUAGAUUAUAUAGAUGAUAAUGAAAAAUGAUAAUGAAAAGUAAUGUAUGUAACAUACAUGCAUGUAAGCGUGCAUGUAUUUAUGUGCUUUAUGUUACAAAAGAGAAAGUUUCGAUAUUCCUUGUAUAUCAUAAAUAUAAUCGUGACUGCAAAUGUAACGAAAAAUCUAUGUCCAGAAUUAUGUAACAAAAACUGUAACUUACAACAUAUAAUUUCUGAAAUGCGUCACGAUUAAACAUUAUCCUGUAUAUCGCAAGCAUAAGUAAUAAUAAAAAUUUAAUUU